ACAGUUUUGUUAAAGAAUCUUUAAGAUUAUACAAUGAUAUAGUUGCUUUACCACAUAAAUGUAUUUCUAAACCUCAUUAUACCUUUGAGAAUGGGUAUCAAAUCCCAAAUGGUCGCAUAGUUAUUUUAAAUUUGGUGGACACAAUUAAUGAUGAAGAUCUUCAAGGUCGUAAUCCCAAAGAAUUCUAUGCAUACCGACAUUUGGAACGUAAUACUCAAGCUACAAAAAUUGAACGUAAUUUUUUGAACUUUGAAGGUGGAAAAAAUUCUUGUCCCGGUAGAUAUUUAGCUGUUAAUCAGAUUAAAUUGAUUUUACACCAGAUUUUGUUAAAAUAUAAUAUUAGAACUGAAUCUGAGAAAGCUUUACCUAAGGUGUAUAAUGGUACUCGUGUUGUGCAUUUAAAAGAUGGUGUUAUAUUUGAAAAAAGAAAAGACGUUAUUAAUUAA